UUUUAACAACGCACAACACUAGCUUGCCAUUAUUCACCGUGAAUGGUUUUACAGGGGCCCGAAAAGGCCAAAUUAUUUUGUAAUAUCAGUGUUUUCUGGUCAUUUUAGUGAUAUUUCAGACUUUAAUUGUCUAAAUGGCGCUUAAUCCCCAGUACGAUGCUAUCGGGAAGGGUUUUGUUCAACAAUAUUACACAUUGUUCGACGAUCCGGCACAACGAGCAACACUCGCUAAUAUGUAUAAUGUCGAAACAUCAUUUAUGACUUUCGAAGGAGUUCAAAUCCAGGGUGCUGUUAAAAUUAUGGAAAAAUUAAAUAGCUUGACAUUUCAAAAAAUUGGUAGACUAAUAACAUCAGUCGACUCACAACCAAUGUUCGAUGGUGGAGUUCUAAUAAAUGUUCUUGGAAGAUUGCAGUGCGACGACGACCCUCCACACCCGUACAUGCAGACCUUCGUCCUGAAGCCGCUCGCAGACACAUUCUUUGUUCAGCACGACAUAUUCCGCCUCGGUAUCCAUGAUUCAGCUUAAAUCCCAAGUAACUUAACUUCGAGACAAUCGAACAAGAUCAUAAUAAUUGCUACCGCAGUCAGUUAACACACUGUAUCACGUUUUGGUUAUCUAGGUAUAAGUUAUCAAUGCAAUCUAUUGUCUAUUUGAAAAUUCAAAAAUAAAUUAAUAUUAAGGAGCCUGGCACAAUGAGGAUAGAUUAGCAGUCAUAAGUUUUGCUAGAUUAAUUUUGAAAUGAAAUAAUCUUUAAUAAUUACCUGUUAACGAACUAAUAUGUUGUGCUAGGGAUCCAAAUAUUGGCAUCGUGUUUGGCUUAGUCAAGUAUGGAAGGCUUUAGUCAAA